UGUCAAUUCCUUGUGCUCUUGCAUUUCUCUUCCCUCCAAACAAAACGCAGUGUUAAAUCCUACUCUUACAUAAGCAGAGCUCCAACUUUUUGGCUACAAGGAGACAAAUAUGGAAGUCACCGACGGCGACGAACCGGCGGCGACACCGUCGACGGACGACGGGCACAUGACCACCGUUGCACAACAUUAUUUCGGGAACCCAACUGAGAACGCCGAUGCCUUCUCCAUCACCAUCAUUGAGAAUAUGAAAGAAGAUUACGGGUUGUUCAUGUGGCCGUGUAGUAUCGUUCUGGCCGAGUAUGUUUGGCAACAAAGAUCACGCUUUUCUGGAAUUAGCGUAGUUGAGCUUGGAGCUGGAACUUCAUUGCCUGGUUUGGUUGCUGCAAAAGUGGGUGCAGAUGUCACACUAACUGAUGACUUGAACAGACUAGAGGUGCUGGCUAACAUAAGAAGAGUUUGCGAUUUGAAUAACCAAGAGUGUAAGGUACUGGGGCUCACGUGGGGUGUGUGGGAUGCACCUAUCUUCAGUUUACACCCCAAAGUCAUCCUCGGAGCAGAUGUAUUAUAUGAUGCUAGUGCCUUCGAUGAUCUCUUUGCCACCGUGACAUUUCUGCUCCAAAAUUCUCCCGGAUCAGUUUUCAUAACAACCUAUCAUAAUAGGAGUGGGCAUCAUCUCAUUGAGUUCUUGAUGGUGAAAUGGGGUUUGAAGUGCGCGAAGCUUGUAGAUGGCUUCUCGUUCUUGCCAUCUUGCAAGGCAUCUGGGUUAAGCGGCAAUAUUCAACUAGCAGAGAUCGUAAUAGUUUGACAUAAGGAAUGCCAUAAGUUAGCAGUGAAGGAGGUGAUUGUCGAUCCGGCCAUUCCAGUUUUCCUAUCGCAUUAUAACAAAGACAGCAUUCCAUAGCAAGGUGACUAAAUAGUUCAAUUCAUGUUGUAUCACAGUAAUGGAUUGCUGUAGCUCAUCUUUUUAAAGACUUGAUAGGAACCAUUUUUCAAAGCCAAUGUCUGCAAUUGAAGAUUGAGAAUUUGAGAUCCUGUAUUUGUAUGAUUUUUGUUUUGCAUUCUUUGACAAGAGUUGCAUUUCAAGUGUUGCGACCGGCUUUGAGCUUGGCCUUCAGGAAUUUUGUGAAUGAGAUAUGAUAAUAAUAUAUAUUUGAGAUAUUGUAUAGAGAUUAGUUACAUA